GGCGCUGUGACGAUGACCGGGAUGGCUGAGGCGAGAUCCAACACCCCCAAGUACACCUGUGCCUGCGGCUUCUCUCAAGAGGAACGCAAGAGCAAGUUCUUAGGAAAGUGCCGCCACUGUCACACACGGGCCAAGUACCUGAGGGGUCAGAGCAGCUUUGACUCGGGCUCAGCUGCACGCGGGAGGCCAGCCAUUAGCAGCAGCAGCACCGGCAGCUCCCCCAACAACAGCAGCAGUAGCAGCAGCAGCAGCAGCACGGCCAGCGCCAACAACAGCGACGGUGACGGGGGCAACAGCACCAGCAGCAGCAGAAGCAGCAGCAGCAACGGAGGUGGUGGUGGCGGCGGCGGCGGCGAAGAUGGCGGUGGCGGGAGUGCCGGGGCCGCCAGCGGCACAGCGGCGUCGCCAGCUGCCAGCAGCAACAGGCUGGUGCGACAGGCGUCGGUGGCGGAGACCAGGAGGAGGUCACGCAGCAUGGACAGAUACGACGCCUUCAGGGUGACAGAGCCUCCGCCGUACUCCUGGGUAGCGCCCGAGGCUCCUGCUGCUGGUGGUGCUGGUGGAGGAGGGCGGGAAGGGGGACGAGACCCGACCAGAGGGCGCGCCGGCACCGUCAGGAGGGCGGAGAGCGAGGACUCAGCCAGGGGCUCCAGGGCGUCUCAGCUCCAGACGCCACCGCCACCUUACGAAGUCGCCCAGAGUCAGUCGUACUACCAGUUCCCGCCAAGCUACGAGGAGGCGUUGGCCAAUUCGAUGUCUGCAGUACGACUAGCCGGAGGUGGAGCCGCCCCUGCAGCAGCGCAACCGCCCACCAGAGACCCCACGCCCACGCCCACCUCCACCAUACGCUCCUUCCUCACCUCUAGCGUCUCCUCUCAAGUGGCGCUGUUACCGGUGGGACUGCUGGCAAGUCGCAGCUCCCGCGUGCUGGAGGAACAGGCGGCGGUGCUGGAGGCGCAGAGGGAGGCGCAGGUGGAGGCGCAGCGGCAGGCGCAGAGAGAAGCGCAGAGAGAAGCGCAGCUGGAGCGUGAGCGGGACAUGGAACGGCAGCGUCUAAGAGAACUCCAGUUGGCGCAGUACUGCGGCUGUGCAAAGUGUCAGAGCUUGUACUACAGCUACUACUACGACGACGCCAUGAACGACGGGGGAGCUUUCCCGAUGGAGACCCAGGUGCUGAUGCAGGAGGUCCUCACCGAUGGCCUUGCCUUCUGCUCCAUCAUGUAGCUCCGCUCGUCUCCAACGGCGUCCAAGCUCUCCCACAAAGACGCUCCAACUCCACAAGGAUGUCUUGGAUCAACACAAACUGUUUCACGAACGCAUCCAAACUUUGUCGAGAUGAUUUGGUUCUCCACGAAACGCGUUAUAAAUGUAUUUUUAGAUCCCACAUAAUUGCUGUCAAAGGUUUAUGAAACUACGUAGUUUUCUAAGGGCGUUCUAGCUCUUUACUGUGGCUCAUCUCCCCCAUCGAUGUCUUCAAUGAACCCCCAGCUCCCAAAGGAAGUCUUGAAGGCAGCUCAACUCCCAAUUAAUGUCUUUAAAACCACCUUAUCAAAAUCCUCAAUGUCGUUCCACUUGUUCAAGGUGUUGAAAGCCUUUAAGAACAUCCUUAUGAUGUGCUUAAAGGCUCCUGUCUUCUAAGGCAUACGAGCUCUCCAGAAGCGUUUUAGUAUCCAAGCACUCGGAGGCGUCUUAGGUUCCCCAACCUGCCCCAAUAACCAUGAAAUUAGAGCUAUUGGGAUAAUGAUAUCUAGAGUGAAUUAGACAAUUAAAGCCGCGACAAUAUAGACCUUGACUUUCAUACUUGUAAUCAGUGAUAAAAAUAUUAUGAACAAUUUACAAUAUUGACAAUGAAAAUUCAUAUAUUUCAAAUAAAAUGAAAUAUUCGCGAUUACUAUUGAUAAAAGUUAUACUAUAUUUCGUAUAAUUAAAAUACCUUAAAAUGUUUGAGCACUGGAAUGUCGUGAAGCGAGAUGCAAGUGACAACAUUCAGUCCCACAAAACACUGGUUAUGCACUAAUGUGAAUGAAGACAUUAAUCAAACAAACACUAGGGGGAAUUAUUUGUAUACCUUUAGUAGAAAAGUGAAAUGAAACGGAAUAUAAAAUCCAUCUCUAGCAUAACCCAAAACUCUAAGAAUUCAUUACGAAAGCAGAAAGCUUCGCCAAGCUGCAGUAGUGGUAGUGAGGAGCAGGCAAACGCUUGAAGCAGUCAGUGUGAUCAGUAGUAUUAAGCUGGCAUUGUGUGUGUGUAAAAGGUCAGCUUAGGUCUAGCUAGCACUGCCACAGGCUAAGUAAUGCUAGAACUAAUCUUAAAAAUGCAUUUUUUAUACCAGCAUCAAGGUUUAUGUUGGUGAAAGGUAUCACUGCCCCUAACUCCAUACCACACAAGUCUCCAGUAGAGACUGUGGUGGUUGCCUCACCUUACACACACCCACUUUAAUAAUGGUGAACCACAAACCUGGGGCCAGAUUCACGAAGCAGUUACACAAGCACUUACGAACCUGAACAUCUUUUCUCACUCUUU